AUGGACUCGAGAAAGACGAGUUCGCGGCUGCCGUCCCUCCGAGCUGUAGAGGAGGUGCUGCCGAUGUACGCGCCGCGAAUGCAGCUGGGGGCGGGCUCAUUCGGACGGGUGUUUCUGAUGGAGCACCGGCAGACGGGCGGCAAGGUAGCCGUUAAGACGCUGAAGAAGGAACGGAUAGUGGAGCUGGGGAUGCAGGAUAAGGUCCGGCGGGAGAUCAGCAUUCUGCUCCGCGUGCGUCAUCCCAACGUCAUCCGUCUCUACAACGUCGUCGAGACGCCCAAGUACAUCCUCCUGCUGAUGGAAUACGCCGAAAACGGCGAGCUAUUCGACUACAUCACGCAGCGCGGGCGCUUAACGGAGGGCGAGGCGCGGCGAAUCUUCCAGCAGAUCGUGGCGGGAGUGGAGUACUGCCACCGCCGCAUGGUGGUGCAUCGGGAUCUCAAACCCGAGAAUAUUCUGCUCGACGCGUCGUGGACCGUGAAGAUCGCGGACUUCGGCCUCGGGAACCUCAUGACCGAGGGGCAUUUCCUGCGGACGAGUUGUGGCUCGCCGAAUUACGCCGCUCCCGAGUUGCCCCCGCCUGCCCACUUCUCUCCCAUACCCCCUACUUCUCGUCUACCCCCCCCUAUCCUCUCCCCUCUCCCCUCCCCUCUACCCUCCUCUCUGCCCUCUCCUCUACCCUCACCACUUCCCUCCCCUCUCCCCUCCCCUUGUCCCACCCUUCUACCGUCACCUCUCCCCUCCCCUCUCCCCGCUCCUCUCUCCUCAUUCCUGUUUCAACCGUCCCACUCCACCGCUCACGCCGCAUUAGCUCCGUCUGCUCAUCUAUCUGUGGAUUACCCAAUUUCACUGCGGCCGGGGGUGUGUGGGGCUGCGGCGUCGUGCCACAUCCCACACACUUACCCACUGCUCUCUCAUCCGUCCCUCUCGCCGCGCGCAGGUCAUCAGCAGUCGCUUCUACUGCGGUCCGGAGGUGGACGUGUGGGGGUGCGGCGUCGUGAUACAUUCAAAACACUCACUCUCUCUUCCCACUGCCACUACUCUCCCACGCACCCCCCCUCCCUCCGCGCGCAGGUUAUCAGCGGUCGUUUCUACUGCGGCCCAGAGGUCGACGUGUGGGGGUGCGGCGUCGUGCUCUACACGCUCCUCUGCGGCCGCCUCCCCUUCGACGAGAAAUCCCACGUGGCGCUCUACCAGAAGAUCAAAGCCGGCGCCUAUUCCCGCCCCACGCACGUCACCCCCGCCGUGCAAGAUCUCCUAGCGCGUCUCCUAGUCGUCGAUCCCACCAUGCGCGCCACCAUCCCCGAGAUCCGACGGCAUCCGUGGUUCCUGCCGUGGUUCCUGCCGUCCGAUCUCAUCCGCCUGCAGGAGGACACGGCUGCCGGCCGGCCGGCCGCGCCGCUGCAGCUGAACGCGACGGCGAUUUCGAAUCUGCAGGCCGUGAGGGUGACGGGGGAGGGGCGAGCGGUGCUAGCGGGGAAUUGGGGGUGUCUAGAGGCGGCUGUAGCGGCUGCAGCGGAGGAGGCGGAGCUGCAGAGGCGGCGGCAGCAGCAGCAGUACAGGUGGCGCGCUGCGAUUAGCGAGCGCGUGGAGAAGCGCCAGCGUGGCGGGGUAGCCGCCCUGCUCUCCCUCUCCCCGCCCAGACCUCUCACAGGGUCGCUCUCGUCCCCUGUGCUUAUAGAGCAGGCCAUCCCGUCCGCCACCUCGUUUGAAGCACUUGCUGCAGCGCAAAAGAAGCUGGCUCAGGGGGGUGGGCCUGCUGCUGCUGCGGCGGCGGCUGUAGCAGCGGCUGUAGCGGCUGCUGCUGCGGCUGGCGCAGGAGUGGGUGGUUUUGCGCGGUUGACCCUAGGGAGCAGUCGAAGCAGCAGCAAUGGUAGCUCUGGUGGUGGCGUUGCUGCUAUGGGGACUGGGAAUGGGGGAGCUUUCGUGAAUGGGCCAAAUGGGGUUAGGCCUUGUGACAAGGCCUGCAGUGACAAGGCCUGCAGUGACGAGGCCUGCAGUGACGAGGCCUGCAGUGACGAGGCCUGCAGUGACAAGGCCUGCAGUGACGAGGCCUGCAGUGACAAGGCCUGCAGUGACAAGGCCUGCAGUGACGAGGCCUGCAGUGACAAGGCCUGCAGUGACAAGGCCUGCAGUGACAAGGCCUGCAGUGACAAGGCCUGCAGUGACAAGGCCUGCAGUGACAAGGCCUGCAGCGUGCAGUUUACUGUACCUGUGAUUGGUAGUGACAUGCGCAGCCGUGUCUGCUAG